UAGUGGUGGUGGUGGUGGUGGUGGUGGGAACACGGCUGCCACUGCGACGGGUGCAAGGCGUGGUGGCAAGUCCAAGGCAACGCGCGCACUCCCGUUUUCGCGGCCAAUCGACGAAGAGGACUCGGAACUGUUUGUGAAGAUUGACACGGGACCAAGCGGAGUUGUGGCGGGUGCGGGCACAGCCAGCAGUGACGCGAACCAGGACACCACCGUCAUUGCUGAUUAUGAUGAUGACCACGACGAUGGCGAUGGUGAUGAUGGGCAGAGUGGCGUUGCGCGGCGUGGAGCAAAGGCCAGUCACUGCGAUACUGGUUUAACCAGCAACAGCAGCAGCAGCAGCAGCAGCAGCAGGAAGAAAUGGAUGAGCGAUCGCCAACGGGAGCGGCGGCGCGCGCGAAAGGAACAGAUGCUGAGCGUUCGCAUGUACACGUCUGUUGACGUGUCGUCGCAGGACUCGUGCUCACUGCUUGAGCAGUCCGACAGCGAUGAAGCGUGCGUUGGUGCUGGUGGUGGAGGUGGAGGUGAAACCUCGAUGCCUGCAAGCAAGCGAGCCAAGAUGGCAGUGGCAGCAGCGGUUGCCGCAUCAGCGUCGGCCGCGGCGUUGAAUGCGGGCAGUCGACACAAGAGGAGCAGAAGCACGACGCGUGGUGGCAGAGGCAAGCACGGCGGUCAUUCCCACGACGAUGGCGAUGAUGAUGAUGAUGAUGAUGAUGAUGACGAUGGCGACGUUGAGACGGUUGUGCUGUCUGGCGAUGAGACGGAGAUUGAGGAUGACACGUCCUCCGAAAGCGACGGGCGGGUGUCUCCACGCGUUGCCUGUGACAACGGCGCCGGUACCGAUGCUGUGGGGCAGGAGCGACGGCUCUUUGGAACGUGUGUGGAUGGUGUGCCGGUCAGCAUUCUGAAGCGCCGCGGGCAUUGUCGCACGUUGGGCCGCAAGCACGAACGCGAGCGUGAUCAAGCCGAUGGGCGUGGGCGUGGCCGCGAUGGUGAGUGUGGUGGUGAGUGUGGCGCAGGCCACCGUGGCGGGGUGACGUUUAACCUGGCAUUGAACACAAGCCACACGUUUGGUGACAUGAAGGAGAACGUGGUUGUGGCGAAAGCGAGGCAAGCUGAUGACGGCACCGGCCAUCACUGCGAUGGUGACGCCGACGGGGAUGUUGGUGAUGAUCAUGAUGGGCAUGACGGAGAUGAGGAGCAUGAGGAACUGCGAGUGACGGGAGCCAGUGGUCGAGACAGCGACGCAGGCGGCUGGAAGCAAACAACACGCAGCCAUAACAGCACCACCAGCACCAGGCGCGUCAACCGCGGCAGCAGUGGAUCAGCUGCUCGUGGUGGUGGUGCUGCUGCUGCUACUGCUAGCACCAGUGGUGUGACGCCUGGCAACAGCAUAGACCUCACGCCACCUCGGCAGUCCAAGGCGUCACGCGUGCUGAGAGGAACACCGCGAGCGCAACGCAUGUUGGCUGCAGGCACAGCUCACCACCGCCAGCAAGCGUCGCCCCAGAACAUCGACCAGCAGACAGGCAGGCGCUGACGCCAGUGUGGCGCUUUUGACACAGGAACAACGUGCACACAAAAACACAGCACACACACACAGCACACACAACACACAAACAAACACACAAACAGAGCACAAACACACAAACAGAGCACAAA